AUGAUUUCCUUCAGGAUGACGUCCACAAUUUGUAAGAAAGAAGUAUUUAUGGACAUCCUAGUAAGACUGCCUGCGAAAACCCUUAUGCGGUUUCUAUGUGCAUGCAAAUCAUGGAGUUAUGUGAUUAGCAGCCCUGAUUUUGUCUCUACAAAUCUAAACACAAAUUUCACAAACCGCAGAAAUAUGCAUCUAAUCUGCCUCCACCACCCAAACUUUAAAUGUAUCGUCGAUACGAAUGAUCCAAACUUUAACCAACCUCUUCAAUGGUCUUUGUUUCACUACGAAACAUAUGAGCCUGGUUUGAAGUUAGGCCAUCCAUCAGGGAGCACAGAACAUUAUGGGAUUUAUGGUUCCAGCAAUGGAUUAGUUUGCAUUUCGCAUCCAGAAGACAGUUUGAGUUGCAGGAGUCCUAUUACCAUAUGGAAUCCAUCCAUUAAGAAAUUUAAAACCCUUCCAUCAAGCACGAACAAUAAAUUUCGAUACAUGUCCCUCCAGUUUGGUUUCCAUCCCAGCGUCAAUGACUACAAAGUAGUAAGAAUGAUGUGGAUGAACAAGGAUGCCUUCACAGUCGAAGUCUAUUCUCUUAGCACCAACACUUGGAAGAUGAUUGAAGAAAUUCCUCCAUGGUUAAAAUACAACUUUAAACAUGGUGAAGGUACAUUCAUAAACGGAGUAGCCUACCGAAUUCUUGAGAAAGAUUACAUGUAUACCUUGAUGGUUUUCGAUUCGGCCACAGGAGAAUUUGAAGAAUUCAUAUUACCAGAGUCCAUCAUCAGCUCACACAGUUUACAUAUCUACCCUUUCAAGGAAAAGCCUUGCUUGAUUUUCCACUGGUAUUGUUCUGAUGAGGAGGGCAUGGAUAGAGGUGAGUUCUGGGUUUUUGAAGACAAACGUUGGGAACGUAGGCAUCCAUUCUAUUAUCCUAGCAAAUGUUAUCAUACGAUCGGGGUUAUAGAUGAUGAAGUGGUUAUGAAAAAGCACGAUUACAGGACUGGUGUAGCAGACGUGAUAUUGGUGGAUUACGAAACCAGGGAAGAUCGUCAAACAGGAAUUAAGUUGGCCAUUACCAGAAUUGGCUAUGAGGAAAUGUUUUAUGUAUUUACAUACACAGAAAGUUUGGUAUUACCGAACUAA